AUGUGGUACAUCUGUCCAAGCGCAAGAGGGAGAGAGUUCCCCGACCGACCUAGUGCCGCGUUAGAGACGGACGAAAUAGAUCGCGUCGACUUCGAUGAGUGCCUGUUACCGGAGGACAGUUGGGCAAGAGAGCUGGAAGAAGGAGAGUACGAGGUCGAGGAGAUUUUGGGAGCUCGCACUGGAAAGAAAACACGUUACGGGAGACAGCAACGAGAGCUCCUCGUCCGAUGGAAAGGGUGUGAAGACCCCUCGCGGGUGGAUGUAGUGGCUUUGAAUUGGGGAGCCUUACUUCGGGAUUUCGAGCGCAAGAAGACAAGAAAGAAUCGUUUCAAAGCGAUGGAAACUUAUGAGAAUCAGAGGCCGAAACUGAGGAUCUUAGGCAGUCGAUCAGAGUCUAUAGUGGGUAGAUCGUGGUCGUUUUUGUGA